CGGGGCGGGCGCCGCGGACCGCGGAGGCGCUGGCGUCCUCUCGGCCCUUUAUAACGCACCCCGUACUGGCUCCCCCAGACUCUGGCUCCCUACACCCCUUCCCGCUCCCUCCGGCCUCCCCAGGGUGCCUGCGGCCAAACCACCCCAGCCUCCGGAAUCCUCCUGACGUCGCCGCCAGCUCGUGGACAUGACGACCCCUACCGGCCCCCCGGUGCCCUGCCCCGAGGCUGCUGUCGCAAGGACGCUCCUGCUCGGCUGGGUCCUCGUCCAGGUAGCAGGAGCCUCAGGCACUACAGGUGUCGUGCUAGCAUAUAAUUUAACUUGGAAAUCAAUUAAUUUCAAGACAAUUUUGGAGUGGGAGCCCAAACCCAUCAAUCAUGUCUACACUGUUCAGAUCAGCCACAGAUUAGGAAAUUGGAAAAACAAAUGCUUCUCCACAACAGACACAGAGUGUGACGUCACCGAUGAGAUUGUGAAAGACGUGAAGGAGACAUACAUGGCGCGGGUCUUUUCCAAGCGGGUAAACGACACCAGUUUUGCUGGGGAUCCCAUGAGUACAAACUCCCCGACGUUCACACCUUACCUAGAGACAAACCUCGGACAGCCAACAAUUAAGAGUUUUGAACACCUCGGGACAAAACUGAAUGUGACCGUCCAGGAUGCACGGACCUUAGUCAGAAAGAAUGGCACAUUCCUAAGCCUCCAGGAUGUUUUUGGAGAUGACCUAAGUUACACACUUUAUUAUUGGAAAGCUUCAAGUACAGGAAAGAAAACAGCCAAGUCAAACACUAAUGAGUUUUUGAUUGAUGUGGAUAAAGGAGAAAACUACUGUUUCAAUGUCCAAGCAGUGAUUCCAUCCCGAAGAGUGAACCAGAAGAGUCCAGAAAGUUCCAUUGAGUGCACUGACCGCAAGAAAGGUAUAUUCAGAGAAAUGUUCUUCAUCGUCGGAGCGGUCGUGUUCGUGGUCAUCAUCGUCAUCCUGUCUGUGUCUCUGUACAAGUGCAGGAAGCGCAGAACUGGGCGCAGAGGGAAGAACUCCCCUCUCAAUGUUGCAUAAGGCACACGCCAUGGGAUCUGCUGACGGCUUCACAGUUUAUAUUGCACUGCGACCAGGAACUUUUAAGAGAAUGGAACAUAUGGAAACACAAAUGAGUAUUUUGGAGCAUGGAAACCCUUGGGCGCAAAGAAAAGUUCUUUGCCUGACCUGGUGUCCUGAUUAGCACUCUGGUUUUGACAUCAAUAUUCGUCACUUUGGAAUGUAAUGAAUGGUACGACCAACUCCAAGUAUUUUUAAUUUCCUUUUGAACACUGUGGCACCUUUUGCACAUAUCAUGCUUUAGACUGUUUUUUCUACAGUCAAGAUGAAACUAAGUCAUCUAAGCAAAAAUAUUAACAAAUGAGUUAAAAAAUCCUGGGUGGACUUUUGGAGAAUUUUCAAGAGGCUGAUUUCAAAUCAUGUGGGAGAAUGAAAUGGAAAUUGGGUGGACUUUUUUAACAUAUGGUGGUUAGGUUCUUCUUUUUUAAGAGUUCUUUUGGAGGUACAAAACAAUUGGCACAUUUUCAUAUGAAUGUGUUAAAUGCAGAAGAUUUCUUAUUUGGGACUUUUCCUGACAUGCAUGACAUUUUAGCACUUUAACUGACUUAAAUGCUGUUGAUUAAACACUUGACAGCUACUUAUAUUUUUAUAAGACUACUAUACAAACAAACUACAUAGAGUUUAUGACUUAAGGUACUUCAAGUUCAUAUGGUCAAUAAUGUAUAUAUUUUUUUAAAUAUAUUAAAAGGUUUUGUAUAUGGGGAUUUUCUAUUUAUAGAGGUAAUAUUGUUCUAUUUGUAUAUAUUGAGAUAAUUUAUUUAAUAUGCUUUUAUAUAAAUAAAGGUGACUGGGAAUUGUG